GUGUAUGAAAACGUCUCAAGCAUGUCCACAGCCCCUACUGCAGCACAGACAGAGUCCACAUACUACCAGGACGAUGUCCACUACACCAGCGUCCACUUCUCUAACUCCAAAAACCAGGAAGUGCCUCUGUACUCCACUGUCCAGCUGCCUCAACCCCAGAAAGAGGAUGGGGAUGUCCAGUACGAUGCUGUGAAAUUCAACCUCCCCAGUGCUGCCACCCGACCCACGGCAGCACAAGCAGCUGAGGAGGACUCUUCUGUUCUCUACAGCACAGUCAACAAACCUGAACCAAGAAGACCCCAACACAACAAACCCAGAACAAAGAAGACCCCAACACAACAAACCCAGAACCAAGAAGACCCCAACACAACAAACCCAGAACAAAGAAGACCCCAAACAACAAGAAACCUGAACACAAACCCAGACCCCAACCAACAAACGACCAAGAAGACCCCAACACAACAAACCCAGAACUAA